AUGCCGAAGCUUCGAGGAAGAACCCUGAGCCUCGUUCUUGCCUUCGUCGCGGGUACGGGGUUUACGCUCUUUGGUUAUGAUCAAGGCGUCAUGUCUGCACUCUUGACUGCAAAUCAAUUCGAAAGAGUCUUCCCGCAGGUCGUAGUCGCUACAAGUCCUCAUCACGCAACGCUUCAAAGCUUUGUUGUCGCGAUUUAUGAGAUAGGUUGCUUGAUAGGCGCACUGUCGAAUCUUUGGGUCGGCGACAAACUUGGUCGAAGGCGGACUAUAGUUAUUGGCGGAUGCAUUAUGAUUAUUGGAGCAAUCCUACAGACCGCUGCAGUCAGUUAUGCCAUGAUGGUUGUGGCUCGUAUUAUUACGGGUAUCGGCAAUGGCCUGAAUACCUCAACAGUCCCUACAUAUCACGCCGAAUGCUCUCCCGCUGCUAAGCGCGGCAGUAAUAUAAUGAUAGAAGGCAGUUUGAUUACGUUUGGUAUCAUGCUCUCGUAUUGGAUAGAUUUUGGAUUUUUCUUCAUUUCAGGUAGUACUGCACAAUGGAGAGUCCCAAUCUCCCUACAAAUAGUCCUGGCUACAAUAAUGAUAUUUGGUAUCGGUAUUCUCCCUGAAUCACCUCGAUGGCUAGUGAAGCACGGCCGACAUGCCGAAGCACUUGCUAUUAUCUCCGCUAUGGACGACAAGGACAUCUCGGACGCUGAAGUGCAACGCACGUACAUCGCUAUUCACGAGACUGUUGUGGCGGAAGGAGGUCUUGGGGAGAACACGACCAAUCUCAGUGAACUCUUUACACAUGGGCGUAGUCAGAACUUCCGUCGUGCGGCUCUUGCUGUCACGUCUCAAUGCUUCCAACAAAUUACGGGCAUCAAUAUCAUCACGUACUAUGCGACAAUCCUAUUCCAACGGCUCGGCCUCUCAGAUAUCAACUCGCGUAUCGUCGCUGCAUGCAACGGGACAGAAUACUUCGCAGCGAGUCUUAUCGCUAUCUUCAUUAUAGAACGUGCGGGUCGGCGCAGGCUCAUGCUAUGGAGUGCCUUUGGUCAAACCAUCACAAUGGUCUUACUAGCAAUCCUGGGCAGUAUUAAUAAUAAUCCUGCUGCGCAGAUUGUUUCGUGUGUCUUGCUGUUUGUCUUUAACUCGAUUUUCGCGCUUGGUUGGUUGGGUAUGACUUGGCUUUAUCCUGCUGAGAUUGUCGGACUUCGUAUAAGGGCACCAGCCAAUGCUCUUAGCACUGCAUCCAACUGGAUUUUCAACUUCAUGGUUGUGAUGGUCACGGGUCCAUCUUUCGAGAAUAUCUCCUGGGGUACUUAUAUCGUUUUCGCCUCUCUGAACGCAUUCAUAAUCCCCGUGGUAUAUUUCUUCUUUCCAGAAACAGCAGGCCGAUCGCUCGAAGAUAUGGACGUCGUCUUUGCUCUUGCGCAUAAUGAGGGUGUCUCUCCUGUUAAAGUGUCGUUGCGUAAGGACGUUCCACGUGCGGGUUCGCGAGAGGCAGAUGAGAUACUUGGAAUUGCUGAGAGUGCCGGACGGAAGGGAGCUGUGUCACCUAGUGGUGGUGAGGAGAAGAAAGGUGUUCAGUAAUACUAAUAGAUGUAU